CCUCGCUUUUCAUUCCACCACUACUACUAAGUACUAACUUCUCUACACCACCCCCUCCUCUUUUCCACCACUAAAACCGCUUCAGUUAUGGAUUCACGUGCAGUGCAACUGUUCUUGAUCUUGGGUCUGUUUGCCACGUCAUGCAUAGCACAAGCACCGGGAGCUGCACCCACUCAGCCACCGAAAUCAUCACCGGCACCGGCACCAACACCGAAGCAAUCACCACCACCUGCACCCGUACCUGCACCAAAGGCAACUCCACCACCACCUGCACCUGCACCCGUCACACCACCACCAGCAUCUUCUCCAGCACCCUCAGCUGGCGCACCUGCUCCUUCCACCUCAACGUCACCACCCUCACCUAGCCCAUCAUCUGGCCCAUCUUCAGGUCCAUCUUCAGGCCCAUCUUCAGGUCCAUCUUCAGGCCCAGCUGCUUCUGACACACCCGCUGGCAACGGUGCAUUCUCGGUGAGCAAGGUGGUCAUUGCUGGCACUGCUCUUUCCGGAACCUUCUUGGCCAUGGUGUUGGCCUAGAUUUGUAAUUUCACAAGAUUUGAUUUAUGAGAUUCUUUCCCUGGGGAGUCGUCCACGUGGAGGCACGGUGGCUGUUGAUCUUAUUCUUUUUUGGACGUACGGGAUCUGUUUGAUUUAUUCUCCCUGCUCUUCCUCUUGUUGAUGAGUAGCGUUUUCUUUUUAAUUUUGUUUCUUUCUCUCUCUGUCUCUGGUGUUUGUUAAUUCUAUAUCUUUGACGAUGAUUUAUGAUGAUUUAUUUGGCGAUUCAUUGUUUUGUUGUUCACUUGUGUAUGUAGAUGACCUUCAUGAUGAUUUCGUUGUACAUUUAAUAAUUUAAAUAAUAAAAUAGUUUGUCAUUCUUUUCA